CGGCAAGAACGCGCACGAUGGCUUCUGUCGACGCAAGAAGCACGAACCCGGUUGCGAUGGCCGUCGCGGCGGUCUCCGACCCGCAGUACCGCCACUUUGUGGGUGGUGCCAUUGGAGGCAUGACGGCAGCUAUCAUCACGUCACCGCUUGAAGUGGUGAAGACGCGACUGCAAACGAAAGCUGGCCGGGACACCAUGUCGCGCGCGGUGCAGCACCAUCGCUUGACGACGUCCAACGUGCUGCAGUCAAUUCUCCAGCAAGAAAGUGUAUUUGGCCUGUGGCGUGGAAUCUUGCCGAAUCUUCUUGGAGUCGUCCCCGCCCGCGCUGCGUACUUCGGCUGCUACGCCAAGUUGAAAGCAUCGCUGUGCGAGUAUGGCUUCACCGGCACAACGGCAAAUUUCGCAUCUGCGUCGGCGGCUGGCUGUCUCACCGCGUCGGUUUUGAGUCCUAUCUUUGUGAUCAAGACUCGCAUGCAACUCAUGCCAGUGCACACGAUUUCGUUGCCAUCGUCUGCUCCCGCGACCAUAUCCCACUCGCUUCCUCGCUUCCACUCCAUGCACGAAGUCGCUCUCGACAUGUACCGCCGCGAAGGGAUCCGGUCAUUUUUCAAGGGUCUUUCUGCUUCCUACUGGGGCGUGUCCGAAGGCGCAAUCCAGCUUGCUCUAUACGAAGAGCUCAAGAGCCGCCUUGGAGACGAACCAUCCAAGCCGCAACUGUUUGUGCUGGCCGGUGUGUGUAAACUCGUGGCUGCUGCCGCCACAUACCCGCAUGAGGUCGUGCGGACGCGUCUGCGUGACCAGCGCACGCCCACGGACGGCUCCUUGCCACGGUAUCGAAGCAUGUUCCAGGCCCUGAACGUGAUCUACCAGAGCGAGGGGCGGCGUGGCUUGUACGGAGGGAUGCCGGCUCACUUGAUGAAGACGGUGCCGAACGCCGCGAUCAUGUACGUGGUGCUCGAGAUGGUUGUGGACCAGCACCAGGCGUAGGAAGCGCGUCGCCGACAUAAUUUAACACGAUGGACAUUUGAGUCUUGUGAAAGGACAGUUGA